AUGAUCCACGAGCUCGACCCGCUCACCAACAAGUUCAUCUCGGUGCCCGUCGAUAUGGGCCAGCUCAACUGCGCCGCGUACAUUGCCGGUGUCAUCCGUGGCAUCCUCGACUCGGCGGGCUUUUACUCGCAAGUCGAAGCGCAUACCGUCGACGUCGGGAACGGGCAGCCGGACAAGACGGUCUUCCUCGUCAAGUUUGACGACCGCGUCAUGAAGCGAGAAAAGAUGCUCUCGUAGAUCUCGACGAAGCCACUACGACUAAUUGCACGCAACUUGGUAUUGAGUUGCAUCCCUUGAAACCAAAGAAUGCCAUC